AUGGGCAGUGAUGCAAUGAGAAGCGAAGGGUACUAUACGCUGAAGGAUUUAAGUUUCGAUUUUAAGGAAUAUGAAGGAACUUUCUCUUUCUGCUUUUGGGUUUAUUUCAUGAAUUCCACUACAUUCCCUUCUGUCAUUCUUCACCAGAUUCUCGAUGACAUUUCUGAAAGUGCUCCUUUUCUCGUUAUUAGCGAUAAUAACAGAAUCAAUGUUUUCCCAGUUCUUUACUUACACGAAGGAGCUCCUGCAACUUGCAUGGGUUCUUGGACAGAAGUUCCACAUGCUACUGUUGAUUUUGAGUUUCCUUUGGAAAAAUGGGUUCACAUUGGAUGCGAGGUUUGUCCAAAUUAUAUCCGGCUUCACAUUAAUGGAGAGGUUGUAGGAGAAAAGGCAAUGUCUUCCUUAUUAAACAAGGAAUCCAAUUCAAAUAAUUUGAAGGGUAUAACUUUGGCUAAUGUAUGUGGAGACAGAAAUAUUGUGCAGGGUUAUGUGCACAAUUUUGAAGGAUUCCAUACUGUUUCUUCUAUCAAAGAUCAUCAUUUAAAGGACCCUCCUCUGAAGUUAUCAAUCGAUGAAUCAUCUGUCUCUGAGGUUGAAGAAGAAAGUGACGGUGUUUGGGGCAUUGUUGGUGGAAAAGCAUCAUGUCGCAGGAAUUUUUCUUUAGACGUUGUUUUAUCAGAUGCAUUUGGCCAACCCGUACAUAAGGAUAACGAGCAGGUUUUUGCUUCACUUGUAUAUGCUGACACGGGGGCUCCAGUGGAGAAUACAACUGACGAUGAAGCUCCUCUUUUGUCUAGCUAUGAUGGAAUUGAAUUUUCUUCUUGUGAAAGACCUAGUAAGUUUUUGUUGGGUCGUGCAUCGUUUAAGCUCAGGAUAUCUCAGCUUUCAUCCAAGUGUGAUAACAGGUUGUUCCUCAUCAGAUUUUGUGUGCCAAAGUUAGGAAAUCAUCCUUUCCUUCAGACACACACCCGUCCAAUUCGAUGCAUCUCUAGGAGCCGUAAUAGUAAAUUAUCCACGUUGGUGUGGAAAAAGUCAACACAUGCUCUCCAAAGGCUCAAUUUGUCACAAUCUUCCACAAUUGGUGCUGCGUCGUUGGAAUGUAUGAAUUCUAGCCAUGAAGAAAAAACCAAUCCACUAAUGAAGCGGUUUAGAGUUGGACUUGACAAGAUAUCGGUAUCAGUUAUGGCCGUGCCCACCUUAAAGCAGUCUGGUGUGGAAUGUAAUUCUCAUGUAUCGACUACUAAUCAGGUUGAGAAUGGGUUUCCUGUAAGCUUGGACGACAGAUCUCUUAACUAUGAAGAAGCAGACGACUCUCCUUCUGAAUCAUCAGAGAGUACAGGGGAGAGAAACUCACCUUCAAAUAAUAUGGAACAUAGAAGAUAUCCAAUAUCUGAUAUGACCAUUUUCAAAUACUGCUUAGCAGGCUUGGCUGAGAGAUCUCAUAUGCUUAAAGAAAUUGCCAUCUCUGCUUCUGAUGAAGACAUUUCAGAGUUGGCUUAUCAUGUUUCACACUAUUCAGGAUGUUCCCACCAUGGAAACCAAAUAUUAAUUUCUAAGAGGCUGAUAGAAGAUGGAACUAAUCUUUGGAUGGCGAUGUCUCCAAACAAAAGCCACGUUCCUUGGGAAAGAGCGGUGUAUGAGAUUGAAGAGAAAUUCAUGAAGAUUGCUUCUUGUGGGUCAAGAUCUCUCUCCCAUCAGGACUUCGAGAUUCUAAGAAAGAUUGCUGGAUGUGAAGAGUAUUUAACACAAGAGAAUUUUGAGAAGUUGUGGUGCUGGUUGUACCCUGUAGCAUGCGCAUUAUCCAGGGACUGGGUAAAUCCUAUAUGGAAUUCCAUGUCACCUAAAUGGAUUGAAGGAUUCAUCACCAAGGAGGAGGCAGAAGCUUCACUUCAAGGUCCGGGAGGAUUUCAAGAACCUGGUACUUUUAUACUUUGGUUCCCAACCUCAAGAAGCUGGCCCCAUCCAGAUGCUGGUAGCCUGACUGUUACUUAUGUUGGCAGUGACUAUAAACUUCGCCACAGACUACUUUCAAUGGAUCAUAUAUAUGGAAUAAUGGACGUGAAACCAUUGCAAGAUAUGCUACUAGCAGAACCUGAACUGACUCGGUUGGGGAGGGUAAUAAGAAGGUACUAA